AUGACACACGCUGACCGGGCACACGUUUCCGAAUAUAUAAUGGAAAACGUGGGGAACUCGGUGCGCGUUUCGGUGACUCUCCGAAUGGAAUCGCGGCUUUUUGAUCCGUUUUUUUAUUUGGACGCCUCGACACCGACGCCACAGGAAUCUUUUCUCACCGCCAACUACAAGGCAAGAGUGAACAGUAAAGUUUGGAAGAAACGAACGAAACGUGUUCAUCAACAUCAAUCAAACAAAAUCCCCCGCCAUGAGAAAGUGGAUUACGAGGAGAGAUUCAGGAUGGUGAUGGACGCGGAAGAGCAACCAUUUUUAACAGUCACGUCUGAGAAAAAGAAUGAGCGCCGAAAGUCGUUGAUCUCGUUGCGGAGGAGCUCGACCAAUGCAACGAUCACCGAUCAAUUGUCACAAGCACCCGAUCACGAUCAUUUGUUUAAAAAAGGUUCAUACUGUGGGCUAGCCAGCUUUGUAGCUAAUUUUCAGCUACUGAUCGCUUGUUGUGACUCGUGUCGGCGACGACGCGCCUCGUCAGCGAUUUCGAAUCCAGAAGACUCACAACCUGAGCCGGAUAAUGAUGACGCUGACGAUGAAGACGAAGAGGAACCGGAGAGUUUUGAAUGCAACGAACAAGAUAAGGAACAUGUACAUGAUCUCUUGGCUAACAUGUACUUCAACAAGAUGGUUUUACCGCAUAUGGAGUAUGUUGAGGAUUUUGUCGAUUUCCUCAUCGACGCCGAGUUGAACGAUUUGCCGGUGCUGAAACGAGCUUGCGAGAGAUAUUUGUGCGGAGAGUUGAAUCUGAAAAAAGACCUCGCCACGUCACUGAUCCUCGAUUUGCUCUUCAUGUCGAUCGUUUUUCAUCUGCCAGUGAUGAAAUCAAUGACUUUAUCGGAGCUCUCCUAUCCGACGAGAGCCCAAGAAUUGGCGGAUCCGGAAAAGCUCCUUGAACAGGACGAGUACAGAUCGCUGGACAAACGUAUGCGUACACUUUCCGAUCGAAACUUGAUCGAAUUGAUCGAACAGUGCGCCCAGUUUCGCGAACAACGCCUACGGGUCACCUCAUUU